AUGGCGGACGAUUCUAUGCCGCGAGAGGAGAUAAUUGGGGUUGUUAUUGGGGCGGUUGCCCUGUUCUCCCUGAUCAGCAUGAUUCCAGUAUUGAUCAUGUGGCAUCACCGGCGACGCACGGCCAUGCGGGCAAUGGCCGAAACCCGCGUUCUCCCACCAGUCUAUCAGGUACAGUUGCAGAACGUGUUGGGCCAACCUGUGUCCGUUGACCGAUGGUUGGAAGAACAAAGCCUAACCCGCCCAGCCCCAUUUGCCUCUCGGCACUGUCGUCAUCCCCAUACCUCGCCUGUCCCGACCCAGCCGUUCUGGCCCACGGCCAGCACAACCACAACCCGAAUACGGCGACACGUCCAGCCCCCCCACUGCAGCUGCGGGGCCCAACAUUCCCCACCUGAUAGCGAGGUCCUCAUACUGAACCGCUGCAAGCACGCCUUCCACCUCGAUUGUCUCAAAUCCUGGUUUGAAUACCGUCGGUACAAGUGCCCGAUCUGCCAAGCUUCGUAUUCGCCAGAGGAAGAGAGACGAGGAUAG